AUGAAGUUCACUGCUAUCACCAUCGCUGCCAUCGCCUCCGUGGCUGCUGCUACUCCCCUCACCACUUCGCCCAGCGCCUGCAAGCCUGGCACUUACGCUUGCACUCCCGACAAGUCUGGCUGGCAGGUCUGUGAUGUCUCCGGCAAGUACGUGGCUGCCGGACUUUGCCCUCCCAAGACCUCUUGCGUCUUCUACAAGAAGAGCGCCAGCCCCUACUGUGUCCCUCCCGGCUUCAAGUUCCCCCAGAACUAA